CCAUUCGAACGGGGGAAAAAAGGAGCAACUGCAGGCGCCCAAAUUUCCCCCGAAUUAUCGGGGAUUUCUCAUUAGGGUUUCUUUACACUGCCUCUGUUCUUUGCUCUCCAACUUCCACUUCCAAAUGGUGCGCUCGGGCGGUGCUAGGUUGGUGUACUGGUUCGCCCGACGGUCUCUGGGCACCAAGAUCAAUGAUUCAUUGAACCAUGGAAGCCGCAGGGGAUUUGUUUCCCGAUUCUGCAAUUCUUCCCGGAUUUUGGGAUUGGAAAAUUCAGACAGCGGUAACGUGAAACGAAAUGACGGACGGUGGGGCGGAUUUGUACAUUGCAAUUGGAGGCCUACGAGGUCCUUCCAUGGAACAGCGUCAAUGCAUAUGGCUUCAAGGGACUACUAUGAUGUACUUGGAGUGAGCAAGAAUGCGAGUGCAUCAGAAAUUAAGAAAGCUUACUAUGCGCUUGCAAAGAAGCUACAUCCCGAUACAAACAAAGAAGAUGCUGAUGCAGAGGCCAAGUUUCAAGAAGUUCAAAAAGCUUACGAGGUUCUAAAAGAUGAGGAAAAACGGUCUCUCUAUGACCAGGUUGGUCAUGAUGCAUUUGAGCAACAUGCUACCGGAGGUGGUGGUCCUGGUGGCUUUGAUGGUCCAUUUGGAGGUUCUGGAUUCCCAUUUGAGGACUUGUUUAACCAAGAUUUCAUGAAUAUCUUUGGACGGAGGAACUUUGGGGGGAAAGAUGUUAAGGUUUCUCUUGAACUAUCUUUCAUGGAAGCUGUUCAAGGGUGCACCAGAACUGUGACAUUUCAAACUGAUGUACCCUGUGACACUUGUGGUGGAAGUGGUGUACCUCCUGGGACAAGACCUGAAACAUGUAGACCCUGUAGGGGCUCUGGAAUGAUAUUUAUGCAAAAAGGCCCAUUUAGGUUGCAGACAACUUGUACACAUUGUGGUGGAACUGGGAAAACUGUAACGAAUUUCUGCAAGUCAUGCAAAGGAGAACGUGUUGUGAGAGGAUCGAAGUCAGUCAGAUUGGAUGUAACUCCAGGAGUUGAUGAUAACGAAACCAUGAAAGUAUAUAGAAGUGGUGGAGCAGAUCCUGAAGGCAAUCAACCCGGUGAUCUUUAUGUUACAAUUAAGGUCCGAGAAGACCCUGUUUUUCGGAGAGAAGGUCCUGACAUCCAUGUUGAUGCUGUUCUUAGUGUCAGUCAGGCAAUUCUAGGAGGAAACAUCCAGGUCCCUACUCUCACAGGCAAUGUUGUUCUCAAGGUCCGCCCAGGCACCCAACCUGGUCAGAAGGUUGUACUGAAGAAAAAAGGAAUUAGAACAAGGAGCUCCGCCUCAUAUGGGGAUCAAUAUGUGCAUUUCAUUGUCAGCAUUCCAACGAAUUUGACUGAGAGACAGCGUAUGCUGAUGGAAGAGUUUGCCAAGGAGGAGAAGGGAGAAUAUGAUAAAGAUGCUGCUGCUGCUGCUGCUGCUGUUGGAGCAUCUGGCUGAGUAGAAUGAACAAUGCCCAGUAGCUCAAAUUUUUGUAGGAGAGGUUUCUAUUCAUCUUUUCUUUACUUUUGUGCAAUAUGUAUUUUAUUCAUCCUCAUAUAAUUGUUAUUCUUGCAUCACAUUAAAUUCUCAAGGAUGAAAUAGGUUCACAAAUUUCAGAGUCGAGAGCUAAUAAUGUACAUAUAGUUUACAUGUUUUCACAAGGAAGAGAUAAUAUGUCAUCCGCAGAUGUUUUACUUUUACCUUACAUUUUCUUGAUUUGAUGAAGUAGGGGAAAUUGCUUUUGUUUAUCUGAC